CAUCACAGGACAGGGAAGAGCCGAACUGGGAGGACUGUGGCGGCCUGAGUGCGGGGGGCAGUAUAGGGCGGACUAGGCCGGGCUGUGUCCAGGGGGCAGACUAGGCCGUUGGGUAGGCCGUUGUGGGCAGAGGAGGCCGGGCUGUGUACAGGGGGCACACUAGGCCGUUGGAGGGCUCACUAGGCCGGGCUGAGCCAUGCUGUGGGGUGAGGGCCUGUUGCUGUCCUUCUCGGUUCUCUUCGUGUCAUGUUUGCUUCUCUCCCGCAGUCCUCUCCUCUCCUGUCUCCUGUCCAGCGGCCUCUACCUCGUCCUACUCUUCUGCCGCUUCCCCCCCGUCCCCGAGUCCCGGGCCUCUCAUGUCCUCAGACCCGGGGGGAAGGUGUCAGUCAUCGCCCACAGAGGAGGAGCCCAUGACGGUCCUGAGAACACCCUGGCUGCCAUUCGCCUGGCUGCAAAGAAUGGUGCAACUGGGGUAGAGCUGGACCUGGAGUUUACUAAAGAUGGAGUUCCUAUUCUCAUGCAUGAUGACACUGUGGACAGAACAACAGAUGGUACUGGCAGUCUAAGGGACCUUACAUUUGCAGAGAUCAGAAAGCUCAAUCCUGCUGCUAAACACAGAUUACGGCACCUGUAUAAUAAUGAAAAGGUUCCUACACUGGAGGAGGCAAUUAAAGAAUGUAUACAUCACAAUCUGGUGAUUUACUUUGAUGUCAAAGGCCAUGCCACUCAGGCUGCUGAAGCCCUCAGACAGCUGUAUAUAGACUUUCCCAAUCUGUAUAACCGCAGCAUUGUCUGUUCUUUUGAGCCAAGUGUUAUCUAUAAAAUGAGGCAAGCAGACAUAAAUGUAGUCACUGCUCUAAGCCAUAGGCCAUGGAGUCUCAGCUAUUUAGGUGAUGGGAAACCUCGUUUUGACUCCAUGUGGAAACAUUAUUUCUAUGUAUCAAUGGAUGUUCUACUGGACUGGGCAUUACACCACAUUUUGUGGAACUUUUGUGGCGUGUCAGCUUUUCUGAUGCAAAAGAAUUACAUCUCAAAAAACUAUGUGGAGAAGUGGAAUAACAGAGGCAUUGAAGUUGUGGCUUGGACAGUUAAUACAGCCACUGAGAAGUUAUAUUAUGAACACCUCCUGCACAGUAACUACAUCACCGACAGCAUGGUAGAAGACUGUGAGCCUCACUACUAACAUGACCACUGAGGGGAAACCUCUAAGCCUGUUUUCUAGGGUGCUAUUAAAGAGAAGAAUCUCUAUCACUUAAUUUAUUUUGUGCAUAUGUCCAAGUGAACUUUUUAAGCCCUUUAAAGUGUAUAAACUUUGAAA